CCACCUCCCUCGCCUCUCUUGGACUGCAGCAGAGAGAAGCGCUGCAUCGGAGAAGUCAAGACACAAGAAGAAAAAGAAAGAAAGAAAGAAAGAAAGAAUAAAAUCUCGGCGCGAUUCGCCUGCUACCUCUGUUGCCGUGUAGAGAAGCGGGAAGUCGCGGAGCGGGCUCUUCAGAAUUCGUCGAGCUCAGCAUGACGGAUCCGGUCCUCCCUGGCAGACUGCUGAAGGUCUCUUCCACUGAACUCUGACAGGACUGAGGAUCUCUUCCCCUCUUUAGAUCAACUGUCUCCAUUUCGGCACUGACUGUCUACUCCCAACCAAUGGAAUCAGACAUCCUUACUUAAUCAUUAGUGUCCUGGCAGCUGAGUGGCUUUUCAGCACUAAUAAAGUGCCUCAAGUCGUCCUCUGUCUGGGGAUAGAGGACCAGAACGAAAAAAAACCCCAAAAAAACAGGCAGCUUACACUUGUUGCACCCGGUGGAGCAAAAGCUCAAUAGAGUUGAGUUAAGAGACUUUUCGUGCAAGCUGUCCCUGGGCCAAGAUGGACGAAACGCAUAACAACAGAACUUCUUUGGCCAAAGGUGCCAAGGACAUCGCGAAAGAGGCCAAAAGGCAAGCUGCCAAAAAUUUCAGCCAAGCUGUUGAUCGUGCCUCAGAUGAAUAUACGACUCAUCGCAGCUACAACCGUUUCCAGAACGAGGAUGAGGAAGAGGACAACUACGACUCUUACCCUCCGCGAGAUGGUCUGUUCGCCGACAACGCCGACAGUGCAGCCAACGACGAGGACGGGGCCUCCAGUGACGCCACGGAGGGCCACGACGUGGAAGACGAGAUCUACGAGGGGGAGUACCAAGGCGUGCCUGCCUACAAUGAUGGGAAGCCGCGGGAUGGUCAGGUGGCUCUCGGCCAGCCGGUUUGCGACAGCCUCAAGAGCCGCAAGGAGCUGGAAAACGAGAGGCAGGCGGACGAGGAGGAGUUGGCCCAGCAGUAUGAGCUGAUCAUGCAGGAGUGCGGCCACGGCAGAUUCCAGUGGCAGCUCUUCUUUGUGCUCGGGCUGGCGCUCAUGUCAGAUGGCGUGGAAGUGUUCGUCGUGGGCUUUGUCCUGCCAAGUGCCGAGACGGACAUGUGUGUCCCCAACUCUGGCGCCGGAUGGCUCGGUAGCAUUGUGUAUCUGGGGAUGAUGUUCGGAGCCUUCUUUUGGGGCGGCCUGUCAGAUAAGGUGGGCCGUAAACAGUGCCUGCUGAUAUCCAUGUCCGUCAACGGCUUCUUCGCCUUCCUCUCGUCCUUUGUUCAAGGCUACAGCAUGUUCCUCCUCUGCCGCAUGGUGUCUGGCUUUGGGAUCGGCGGGGCAGUACCUAUCGUGUUCUCGUACUUUGCGGAGGUGUUGGCUCGGGAGAAGAGAGGCGAGCAUCUGAGCUGGCUCUGCAUGUUCUGGAUGAUCGGAGGAAUCUAUGCCUCAGCCAUGGCCUGGGCCAUCAUCCCGCACUAUGGCUGGAGCUUCAGCAUGGGUUCGGCCUACCAGUUCCACAGCUGGAGAGUGUUUGUGGUGGUGUGCGCGCUGCCGUGUGUCUCCGCAGUGGUCGCGCUCACCUUUAUGCCCGAGAGCCCCCGCUUCUACCUGGAGAUGGGUAAACAUGACGAGGCCUGGAUGGUGCUCAAACACAUCCACGACACCAACAUGCGCGCCCGUGGAGAACCGGAGAGAGUCUUCACUGUGAACAGGAUAAAGAUCCCCAAACAGUUGGACGAGCUGGUGGAGAUGCGGAAUGAGUCAGCCAACCCCGGGCUCAAGGUCCUCCUCAAGAUCAAGGCUGAGCUCCGAGGAAUCUGGUUGACUUUUAUGAGAUGCUUCAACUACCCAGUGAAAGACAACACUAUUAAACUGGCUGUGGUGUGGUUUACUCUGUCUUUCGGGUACUACGGACUGUCGGUGUGGUUCCCGGAUGUGAUCAAGCACCUGCAGGCCGACGAGUACGCGUCCAGAGUGAAGGUGCACAACAACGAACGCAUUGAAGACUUCACCUUCAACUUCACCCUGGAAAACCAGAUCCACAGAAACUCGGUCUUUCUAAAUGACAGGUUUAUCGGCAUGAAGUUCAAGGCGGUCACGUUCAUCGACUCGUCCUUCCUCAACUGCUACUUUGAAGAUGUCUCCUCGGUCGGAUCCUUCUUCAAAAACUGCACCUUCGUGGACGACUUCUUCUACAACACGGAUAUUGACGAUGCCAAACUAACGAACUCCCGGGUGGUCAACAGCUCCUUCCACCACAACAAGACAGGUUGUCAGAUGACCUUUGAGGACGAUUACAGCGCCUACUGGGUCUACUUUGUCAACUUCCUGGGAACGCUGGCCGUGCUGCCCGGAAACAUCGUCUCUGCGCUCCUCAUGGAUAAGAUAGGGCGCCUCAGCAUGUUAGGGGGCUCGAUGGUGCUGUCGGGCAUCAGCUGCUUCUUCCUCUGGUUUGGCACCAGCGAGUCCAUGAUGAUCUUCAUGCUCUGUCUCUACAACGGCCUCAGCAUCUCUGCCUGGAACUCCCUGGAUGUGGUCACCGCUGAGCUGUAUCCAACAGACAGGAGGGGCACAGGAUUUGGCUUCUGUAAUGCCAUGUGCAAGCUGGCAGCGGUGCUGGGCAACCUGAUCUUUGGCUCGCUGGUCGGCAUCACCAAGGCGAUCCCCAUCCUGCUGGCAUCGGCUGUGUUGGUUGGCGGCGGCCUGGUGGGGCUGCGGCUGCCAGACACGCGUGCCAAUGUGCUCAUGUAACGCCCCACACAGAACUGUACGCUGUUUACCAGGUAUUCGCUCGGUUCACUGAAUAAUUUGUUUGUGGACCACAGUCAGGCUCAUUUGAAUAACACUAAAACAAGCGGUAGCUGUAAUCACCCUUGUAUUUGUUCUUUGACAAACAAUGUUCCUGCGUCCGCCAUCUCUCAAAAACAGGACAGUGACUCCUUAUUCUGCUAUGUCCGAGUAAAAUACCUGGUAAAUGAGGAUCAUGAAAUGCGGUUGAACCUAACACAGAGCUGUGGAUAUACCGAGUUUGACGACGGCAAAUCAAAGGUUGCAAAUCUAUGUGGCGCCAGGCGGCGGUUGCCAAAGCCCUGGGGGAUUCGCGCAGGGAUUCUGGGUUAAAAAGUUAGAAGAAUUAUUUGUGGUUAUUAAAAACUCUGUAUAUCAGCAGCUCAAUAUCCCCAACGGGCCGUUUCACACACGCGACGCACACAAAAAAACGCGCGUGUCAAAGCCGCGAAGAAGGCUUGGACCUCCAAUAACCACACCCCUGCUCACCUCGCACUCAGAUUAAAGGAAUAGUUUGACCUUUUGGGCAAUGUGCUUAUUGAAGGCUACCAGCUCAGUGUGUCUGUUAGUGUAGCAUAAAGACUGGAAAAUAUUGUAAACGCAAGCCCGGCUCCGUCUCAAGGUGCAGUAGCCACAACAAAAGCAACUCGCUAAUUAACACUUUUUGUCUCAUCCUAAAGAAAAUGUGAUGCAGGUUGUGACGUAGGAUAAAACCACGACUUGUUGUUUUUUACAUUGGAGUUUUUUCCUGUGCAUGUGUGCAAAUUAAACAAACAAGAUAAUAACAUGUUACUCAGUGAGCGUCACAGGUGCUGGGAGGUGGACUUGGCCAGGCUAACUGUUCCAUCUGCUUCCAGUCUUUAUGCUAAGCUAAGCUAACUGGCUGCUGGCUCCAAUUGCUUCAUAUUUACAGUACAGCCGUGGUAUCAUUCGUCCUGUAACUCAGCAAGAAAGUGAAUGGUUCAACGGAAACGCUGAACGACACCUUUAAGAACCAUUCAUUUUGGACCAGCUGAGUAUUUGUGAUUAUGUGUUACUUUACUGAAUUUACUUGAUCAGCAUUUUAGGUACGUUACUUGUUGCUUUACCAGUUUCUGACCUUGUGAUCAGUAUUCCACCACAUGGUUGAGGAAGUUCAAGCCUUUUUGCCGCAGUGUGCAAGAAUGAAAAGGCCAUAGAAUUAAAAAAAAGAAAAUCUAUAAAUAAAGAUGUAGUAGUUUAGUCAAAACCGGCAACUUCCGCAGCUACAUUUCUAAAGAGAAAAGAAGUUUACAUUUUCUGCUUUUUACAGCGAGAGACACUUUUGAGAUUGGAAACCCUUUUUGUCCGAAUGCUUCCUCUCUCCUUCUCUCGUGUCUGUGUUGUGUUCGUCUCGUGGCGCCGAGCUCACCAUGAAGGGCUUUGCUCUCCGCUGUCAUCGGAUCUGUCGAGAAGAAUUUAUACUGUAGGAAACCUCCGCUGUUAUAAAAAAACCUGCUCCUCUCCCUGUGUUUUUUUCCUCCCUCUCUCCCUCUCUCUCUCUCUCUCUCUCUCUGUCUCGCUGUCAUGGCUUCGUCACGGUGUCGCUCGACCUGCCUUGUCCUCGUGUCCUCUGUGUGUUCACCUCCUCCUGCCUUGCUGCUGCUCCCUCUGAAACUCAAAGGCCUUUUCUCAAAUGUCGUGCCUCUCUCCAACCAUCGAGCUCGUCUCUCCUUCCAAACCUUGCUGGAAGCUCUGCUGCUCUGCUCUGCUCUUUUUUUUCUGUCUCUCAUGCAUUGAUACUGCAGUGUGUGUGUGUGUGUGUGUGUGUGUGUGUGUGAUUCCAGACAAACCCUUAUAAGGCACAGUGAGCAUCACAUAUAUAGAAAGACAAGUUUUCUUGUUUUCCAGGUUAUUUUUUCACAACAAGUAACUGAAAUCUUUGGGGGGCGAAUUUGCGCCACAUGACCAAGUGAAAUUAAAAAGCCAUGCAUAAAGGGUAAGUUCACCCAAAUCUAAAAAAACUAAAACCCACACACACACACACACACUUCCUAGUCAUGCAGAUAGGGAGAUUUUAGCCAUCAAUACAAUGGAAGUGAAUACAAAAUUGUUUGUUCAGCACUACAAAAUGAUAUGUGAAUAAGACCAAGGCCAGGCCUUCAUUAAUAAACCCCCCACAGCCUUUUAGUUCACCUCAAUGGAGACAGAAGUUGUUGUAGUGGUGCUAUAAUGCAAAGCUAAAUGCUCAUGCCGGCAUGCCAACGUGCAGAUAUUUAGCAGGUUUGAUGUUUACCGUUAGCCAGACUAAUACUCAAAAUGUGUAUUCUGCCAGAGAAAAUUUGAAAUGAGCUGCCAGAAUUCGUCUGGCGAGUUCACCAUGUUAAUCUUCUUAUCUUUUGGUCUCACCGUGGAAAUAUUUGCUAAUUGGCGCUAAACACGAAGUACACGAUGAUAACGAUGGGGAUUGAUGUUAGUCUGGGCAAACUAAAAUGUUGACCCGAUGAUGGUGUUGAAUCCAAAUGUAAAGGAUGACUGCAGUUGAUUACAGUAAGCUCCCGGAGCAGUGGGGCCGGCCGACAGCGACCUCCGAGCCGUGCCGCGAACGUCACAGAAAGAUUCAACAGCUAUGUGCCUUUCUAGAAACAAUGUGAUAAUCCACGGAGCACGGUCGACAGCUGUGUUGAGCGACUGUCUCCUUGUGCUAAAAAAAAAGAUUUCUGGAAAGACGUGUGAUUUAGAUGAAGGGAUCGCUUGCUGUCACAUUCGUUUUAAACUGCAUCUGGCAAUUUGUCAAAUCUGUAAUAUGUUCUCCUCCAGGCUAUUUUAAUCAUACGAAAACCGAUCACUACAAGUGCACAGUACUGUUUCUCUCAUUUUCUUUCUUUUUCUUUUUCUGGUGAUGAUGAGUGUCAACAUAUGUGAUGUUCUGUUGCCCGUGUCGUAUCUCUUACAAUGGAAAACGGACUACAGUUGACUUUUAACAAUUCCUUUCAAGGUCUUAAUUGAGUUCCGGACUGAAACGCAACCCCAAAGCUGGUUCCCGGAUGAUUUUGUCUGAUGCUUUGUCCGUCUGCCCGUCCGCACUGCGCCCCUCCUCCGAGCGCCACCAGCCGCGCGGAACAAAGUCACCACACGUCACCGUUCCCAAGAAGAAAUCCUGCAUGUUUGUUACCAAAGUCCCUCUGUCGUGUGUGUGCUCUUUUCCGUUUCGGUGUCUUCUGCUGAAGGAAGCGGACGCGUGAUUCCCGGGGGGGGGGGGGCUGGGGUCAAAGGUGAAUGUAUAAUGUGUUGUCAGAUUUGCUGUGGACAGGUGUUUGUUGUAAUUGACUUGACUUCCAGGUCGUUGUGAAAGGGCAUGCUCGUGGUGAGAUGACGUCAUGUAGCCGGGGGUGGGGGGGGCCAAAUCCGCUUCUAGGUUCCUAAUUGGAUCAAUCUCUUGGAUUCAAGUCACUGGAGUAUGGAAUGGAAAUGCCGAUGUUGUGACUGUCAGGUUUGAAAACCUCCGGUGUCGAAACAAAACGCGGAGGUGUGUGUAAGAACAAUUACCUGUCCCCGAUAUGAUUUAUUUUGAUAAGAAAAGGUGCAAGUGAACGCAAUGUCAAGGUGGAUUCCUCUGGUGUCUGCAUAUUGAAUAAAGAGUUUCAUUUCAACA